AUGGCUCCGGAAGCCGAGACUGGGAGGGCCGAAGCUAGGAAAACUAAAAAAACGCGGCGGAUCGGCGGCUUCCUGGAGCUAGUGGACGUCUGCCAAGGCGACCCGGGCAAGGUCAUCGCCGCCCUAGAACUCCUGGCUACGCUGGUUGGCGUGCGGCUUUGGGUCCCGGACGGUGACGCUAAGAAAACAUCCCGCAUGGCAAUCCGAGGCUACACCGACAACCAGUCGAACGAGGCCCUGCUAAGGAAAGCUGUGACCACCAAGUUCCCGUCCACGCUAAUCCUCAUGGAGCUAGCAGAGGAGCUAUCUGCAAAGAACUGUCAGCUCCAGCUACCGUGGAUCCGACGGGACCUGAGCCAGCUAGCAGACGACCUCGCGAACGAGAACUUUGCUAGCUUCGACCCGAACUCCCGUCGGCUUCGCUAG